UAAUCGGUGCGUAAGCAGCAAACUCAGAGAUAGCUUUGAUCGUCUCUUCGGUGAUGCUUGGGGUAUUGUGCGCACGCCCCAAGUCUUGGAUCUUCACGGCACUUUCUUUAGUUCACCCGAUUGUUCAUCCCCGGAUUUUCGCAAGCCCCAUUUCCUUUGUAAGUGGUGGAGAUCUUAGUCGGCGGCACAACCACUCCACGGAGUGCCGCCUCAGCAGCAUAGGUGAUGGAGCCGGAGCUGCAUCCAUAUGGCACGCAAUUCUCCCCUCCGGUGGUGGAGAUCGUAGGAGCUUCGAUCAUCUUAGGUUGGGGAUUCACCAUGAGCAGAAAGGUGAGGGCUCUUGGAAUGUAGCGUUAGAUGUACGUCCUGCCAGAUGGUUGCAUCGCUCGGACUCUGCUUGGCUGCUCUUUGGAGUCUGCUCUUGUCUUUCGUCGUCUUCGGAUUGUUGCGGAGGGAAUUUCGGGGUGGGCGUUGAGGAGAGUGUCUGUGUUGGUGAUACAGAUGAAAUAAGGUUGGAAUCGAAUGAGAAGUGCUCUGUUGAUUCUGAUGGUUACAAGGUCACAGGGGUGCACGCUGAUGGUCGAUGCCUGUUUAGAGCUAUAUCUCAUGGAGCUUGCUUGAGAAGUGGGGAAGAAGCUCCUGAUGAAACACGUCAGAAAGAACUCGCUGAUGACUUAAGAGCUCGAGUUGCAGAUGAGCUGUUGAAGAGGCGAGAAGAAACUGAAUGGUUCAUUGAAGAAGAUUUUGAUUUGUAUGUAAAAGGUAUCCAGCAGCCAAAUGCAUGGGGGGGUGAACCUGAGUUGUUGAUGGCUUCACAUGUACUUAGGAUACCAAUAUCUGUCUUUAUGAGGGAUAAGAGCUCAGGUCGUUUGAUUAGCAUUGCCAACUAUGGUCAGGAAUAUGGGAAAGAUUACCAGAGCCCUGUGAAGGUGUUGUUUCAUCGCUAUGGUCAUUAUGAUCUGUUGGAGACUUUCUAAGAUGGUAAAUAUCAGAAAAUAGAAAUGUAGAGGAUCGUUAUGGGAAAGUAAAGAAGGUUUUGUUAGAUUAGAUAACUCAGUUUUAGUAGAAUGAUUUUGACUGAUGAGAGGUUCAAUUCGGCCAAUCAAGAAUUUUAAAUAAACUCAAUUUGUUGUACUGUCUUAUAUACAAGCAAAGGCUGGUGCUCUGUUUCUAAGAGACUGGAUUUCUGGUUUACUCUUGUCAAUUUCAAUCAAUACAAUAGGAAUUUUUUCC